UCCGCUCUGCCUUCCUUACUCUCCUUCUUCUUCCAAAAACCCACCAAAAACCCCAUCGAUGUCCGCCAUAACCACCGCCCCUCUCUUCUCUCCGAAACCCAAUCUUCUCCCUUCGAGGUGGUUCCCCCAUUUCCUCCCCCAAUUCUCCCUCAGCACCACGCCCGCAGUUCUCAGCAAACCCAUCAUCAGAAUCAACCACCCCAACAAGUGCAACCCCUUCCUGGUGCGCGUCGAUGACGGGGACGGGGACAGCGGCGGGCCCGACGACUACGACAUGGACGAGGAGGAGGCCGAGGAAGUGGACAACAAGAAGGACUUCGAGGUCGAGUACGACCCCCUUAAGUCAGGGUCGGGGGACGACGACAUCGCCAUGGGAGCUCAGAGCAAGAGCUUCGUCUCGAUCCAGGGGUGGGACUCUGACAUGGUCGUGGAUUACCGGAUAAACGAGGACGAGUUCCAUAAGAUCUCCUUGCUCGACUGCGACUUCUUCAUCAGGAAACCCCCUGACCCCGACAACGAUGUCUAUGAUUUCAGAGAGAUGUAUGUGACCCCACCGGACACUGAUAUUUAUUCGAUCCCGAGAGUGCUUGCACCGAUGCCUCAGAAGUACAUCCGGUGCGCGAUGAGUGACUAUGGGUGUUACAACGUUACUGAACCACCUAUUGAUGCGCCUCGAGAUCCUAUGUAUAAAUCUGAUAGGGAGAUCACAAAGGUUUUCCUGACAAAGCAUUACAGGAACCGGAGGUUAGGCGACCCAGAGUUUGUUCUCGAUUUUGAGGAGAUUUAUGUGAUCGAUUCAAAGACAAAGUCAAUCACUAGAGCCAAAGUCAUCGUAACAGCUCCUGGCGGAAGAGAUCGUGACAGGAAGAACGACUUGCUCGUCAUACGCGAUAAGGGGACCUCAUUCAAGAUUAUUCACGCGAGUGAGAAGAAUGAUCCGACUACCGUGAUCGAGAGGGAAGAGUGGGUCAAGACGCGAGAGGACAUGGAGAGACAUCUCCGGAAGCUCCGAGAUUUUAGUGUUUCGAACUGGUUUUGAUUUCGGUUCCCUAUCUCCGAGUACCGUUGUACGGUAUAUUCAACAGUAAUUGGAAUCUUCCUCCACAUAGAACUCUCUUAUGUGGCAAAUUUGUGAGGAAGAAUGAAUUAAAAGUAACAGAAGAUCCCAGUUUCUUUCUCUA